AUGGAGGCUGAAGAUGUAAGUAGCAGAGAAUUGACAAUUGAUUCCAUAAUGAACAAAGUAAGAGACAUUAAAAAUAAAUUUAAAAAUGAAGACCUCACUGAUGAGCUAAGCUUGAAUAAAAUCUCGACUGAUACAACAGAUAACUCAGGAACUGAAAACCAAAUUAUGAUGAUGACAAAUAACCCAGAGGACUGGUUGAAUUUGUUGCUCAAACUAGAAAGAAACAGUGUCCCCUUAAGUGAUGCCCUUUUGAACAAAUUAAUUGGUCGUUACAGUCAAGCAAUUGAAUCACUUCCUCCAGAUAAAUAUGGCCAGAAUGAGAGUUUUGCUCGAAUCCAAGUGAGAUUUGCUGAAUUGAAAGCUAUUCAAGAGCCAGAUGAUGCACGUGACUACUUUCAGAUGGCCAGAGCAAACUUCAAGAAAUUUGCUUUUGUGCAUAUAUCUUUUGCACAAUUUGAACUCUCACAAGGUAAUUUCAAAAAAAGUAAACAGCUCCUUCAUAAAGCUGUGGAAUGUGGAGCAGUACCAAUAGAAAUGUUGGAAAUUGCCAUAGAAAAUUUUAACCUCAAAAAAAAGCAACUACUUUCAGAGGAAGAAAAGAAAAAUUUAUCAGUUUCUACUGUAUUGACUGCUCAAGAAUCAUCCUCCAAUUCACUUGGUCAUUUACCAAACAAGAACAUCAGUUGUGAUUCCAGAGGACUGACUAAUAAACCUAGAUUUUCGUGUGGAGAGAAUAUAUCCCCACAAGAUGCAGAAAUAGGUCAUUCAAAUCCUAUGAAACAAACAAACAAACCAAAACAACCAUGCCCAUUUGGAAGAGUCCCAGUUAACCUUCUAAAUAGUCCAGAUUAUGGUAUGAAGACAAGUGGUUCCAUUAUACCCAGUUUUACAAAAAGACAGACUUCUGGAUCAGAAUGCCGAGAUUUGAGAAUGCCUGGAUCUAAACCAAGUGGCAACAAUUCCUGUGAAUUGAAAAUUUUGAAGUCUAUUCAGAAUUUACAUUCCAAGGAACCAUUGCUAUCGGAUGAGAAAAGUUCUGAGCUUACUACUGAUUCAUUAACUUUGAAGAAUAAAACUGAAUCAAGUCUUUUAACUAAAUUAGAAGAAUCAAAAGAGUUGCAUGAACUAAAGGUUCCAGAAAGUGCCCAGAAACAGUGGAAAUCUAAGAGAAAGCCAGAAGGCUUAAGUAGAAAUCUUGCUGCAGCUUCUAGUCAGUGUCAGAUUCCAGAGAUAAACAGAAAGGUGGAUACAGAGCAGAAACAUACCACUUUUGAGCAACCUGCCUUUCCUGUUUCAAAACAGACACCACCAUUAUCAGCACCCAAACUGAUUGAUCCAAAAUCUCUUUGUAGCACACCAAGCAACGAUACCUUGGAUGAGUACAUGAGUUGUUUUAGAACUCCAGUUGUACAGAAUGACUUUCGAUCGGCUUCUCAGUUGUCAGCACCUUCUAGCCAGCCUGCUCAUUUCCAGCAGCAGAUACCAGCUACACCACUCCAGAAUUUACAGAUUUUAACACCCUCUUCAACAAAUGAAUGCAUUACAGUUAAAGGAAGAAUUUAUUCCAUAUUGAAGCAGAUAGGAAGUGGAGGCUCAAGUAAGGUAUUUCAGGUGCUGAAUGAAAAGAAACAGAUACUUGCUAUAAAAUAUGUGAAUUUAGAAGAAGCAGAUAACCAGACUGUUGAGAGCUACCGGAAUGAAAUAGCUUAUUUGAAUAAAUUACAGCAACACAGUGAUAAGAUCAUCCGACUUUAUGAUUAUGAAAUCACGGACCGAUAUAUCUACAUGGUCAUGGAGUGCGGAAAUAUUGAUCUUAAUAGUUGGCUUAAAAAGAAAAAGUCUGUCAACCCAUGGGAAAGAAAGAGUUAUUGGAAAAAUAUGUUGGAGGCAGUUCAUACAAUUCAUCAACAUGGCAUUGUUCACAGUGAUUUGAAACCUGCUAACUUUCUGAUUGUUGAUGGAAUGCUAAAACUAAUCGAUUUUGGGAUUGCAAACCAAAUGCAACCAGACACAACAAGUAUUGUUAAAGAUUCUCAGGUUGGCACUGUUAAUUAUAUGCCUCCAGAAGCUAUCAAAGAUAUGUCUUCCUCAAGAGAAAAUGGGAAGUUAAAAUCAAAGAUUAGUCCUAAGAGUGAUGUUUGGUCCUUGGGAUGCAUUCUGUAUUAUAUGACUUAUGGGAAGACACCAUUCCAACAUAUAAUUAAUCAGAUUUCUAAAUUACAUGCAAUUAUUGACCCUAAUCAUGAAAUUGUGUUUCCUGAUAUUCCAGAGAAAGAUCUUCAAGAUGUGUUAAAGUGUUGUUUAAUAAGGGACCCCAAGCAGAGGAUAUCGAUUCCUGAGCUGUUGGUGCAUCCUUAUGUUCAAAUUCAAACCCAUCCAGGCAACCAGGUAGGUAAAGGAACUACUGAGGAGAUGAAAUAUGUUCUGAGUCAACUUGUUGGUCUGAAUUCUCCCAACUCCAUUUUGAAAACUGCUAGAACUUUAUAUGAGCAGUACAGUAGUGGUGAAAAUCAUGUUUCCUCUUCAUCCAGUAUUUUUGGGGGGAAAAAAGGAAAAUGA